AAGAGGAAGAUCCGUGCGCUUUGUGUGAUGGUGACCCGCCAGAUUCCGACGAUGAUGUGGUGCCCACUUCCUCCACCAGCUCCUACAAAAUGCGCAAGGAAAGGCUCCACAAAAAAUGGGAAUCCUUGCGAUCCACAUUGCUGCAGUUCUCUGUUGAAAUGGAAGGUUUCGUGCCCCAUCAAUGUAAUUGUGGUAAAACGGUGGAAAGUCGAUGCAGGGAUUGUAGCUUUACGGCAUACUUCUGCCUUGAUUGCUGUAAUCACCUGCAUCAGACCAAACAUCAUUUUCAUCACCCAGAAAUAAUACAGGACGGUGUUUGGAAAUUGCACACUGUUCCUGACAGGACAUUGAGUAAUCCCUAUCAUUCUUGCUCAUUUUCCUACACAAGGGAAAUAACGGUUAUAGAUGAAAGAGGUGGUCAGCAUCUAUUGAAGAUUCUCUGUUGCACUUGUUUUAGUGUGGCAGAGAGUUUUCUGUUUCAAGGUUUGUGGCCUGCUACGCCAGUGGAACCAACCUUGGCAUUCACCACAAGUCUGAUGGAAUUUACCCUGGCACUUGUGAUGGAAUGCCAAGUUUCCAUUUUUGAUCUUGUGAAGGCCUUAGACUUCUACUCCCACCCUCUCAUAAAGGUUCGUUAUAGGUUUAGCUGUAAACGACUCCAUCGUGUGAUAGUUAUCAGGGUCGGCCAGGGUUUUUGGGUAUAUGGUAUUAAGGGGCUUUUUUAA